GCCAUAUAUGCGAUUUAACUGCCACCUUCGUUUUCUUUGUCUCUUAAAACUCGUGGGUUGUUGAUACGAAGUUACCGGUAAAUUUCAUUUUCAAAACGGAGUAAUAAAUUAAGAAAUGGAAGACAGCGAUGAGGAUAUUAUGUUAGAGGAGGAGUCUGAAGGUGAAAAACGUACUCCUGAAGAUACCUUUAAAAUUCUGAUAGCAACUGAUUGCCAUUUGGGUUAUGAACAGAAUAGAAAGAGAGGAAACGAGUCAGACAGUUUUAUAACAUUUGAAGAGAUUUUAACUUAUGCCAAAACACACGAUGUAGAUUUUAUUCUUCUUGGAGGUGAUUUAUUCCAUGAUACUAAGCCUUCUCAAAAUGUCGUUAUGCAGUGUAUGAGCUUGUUAAGAAAAUAUUGCUUGGGUCCAAGGAAACAGAAAAUUAAAUUCCUAAGUGAUCCCGAGGUAAUAUUUCAACACUGUCAGCACAAAGUUUUAAACUAUGAGGAUCCAAAUAUAAAUGUCAGUAUCCCUGUCUUUUCUAUUCAUGGGAAUCAUGACGAUCCAAGUUUUGGGUCAGUGGGCUCUUUAGAUUUAUUAGCAGUAUCUGGUUUGGUUAAUUACUUUGGCAAAUGGACAGAUUUAACCAGAGUUAUUAUCCCUCCAUUAAUUUUUAAGAAAGGUAAAAGCCACGUUGCACUUUAUGGUUUGAGUUACCUAAACGAUCAGCGAUUGUCGCGAUUAUUCAGGGAUUUUAAGGUUGAUAUGCUCAAAUCAGAAGAAAUGCCGGAAUGUUUUAAUAUUUUUGUACUUCAUCAAAACCGUGUAAAACAUGCAGAAUAUGCAUACAUUCCAGAAAACAGAUUCCCAAACUUCUUAAACUUUAUUUUGUGGGGGCAUGAACACGAAUGUCGGAUUGAGCCAGAAUACAUUGAAGAACAAAAUUAUUACAUUUGUCAACCUGGUAGUUCCAUUGCCACAUCAUUGUGCCAAGCAGAAGCAGAGCCAAAGCAUGUGGCCAUUUUACAAAUCCAUAAAUUUGAUUUUCAAGUACAAAAACUGAAGUUAAAAACAGUGAGGCCCUUUGUUUUUGACAAUUUAUUCCUUGAUGACGAGGAAAAUAUUUCUAAAAACUACAUUGAGAAAGGGGCAGAAAGUAUUUAUGAAUAUGUAGAUAAUUACAUUGAAAAUAUGAUGAUACCAAAAGCAGCUAAACAAUUGACUGGGCAUCCGCAACAGCCUCAUCAACCUCUAAUUCGACUAAGAAUAUUUUAUUCGAAUGAGGAGCAUGUUUUUGAUACAAUAAGAUUGGCCCAAAAAUACUGUGAUGAAGUUGCAAAUCCAACAGACAUGAUUAUCUUUCGAAAAGUGAAGGGUACUGGAUCAAAAGCUAUGAUGAAAAUGGAUGCAGACAACGAUGCCUAUAAUAUAGCAGGGAUUUUUGGUUACGAAGAAGAUGAACGAAACUGGAAUAAGAGUAUAAUAGAAGGAAUAAAGAAGCAUUUUGAGUCACAGGAAAACCAAGAUAAAUUAACUGUCUUAUCUGUAACUGGAUUAAAUGAAGCCUUGAUGAGAUUUGUUGAAAAAAAUGAUGGUGAUGCAUUUAAAGAUGUUAUCAAACAUCAGAAGAAAAAAACCAUGGAACGUCUGCAGGGUUUAGAUGUCGAAUUGCCUGAAGAUAUUUUAGAAGAGAUAAAAAAAUAUCGAGAUGAAAGACUCGAAAAGGACAAAGAAGAAGAAAUGGAUGUACGUGAAAUGUUAAAUGAUAAUAAUCGUAAAUUUGGUGGAGAAACUUUAAAAGAUCUGGAUGACUCUGUCAGUGAUGAAGAAUCUAGUGACUUUAAUAAAAGUGCCGUAAUCGGAAAAGGAACCAGAGGUGUAAAGCGAGGAAGACCAACCAGCUCUAAAGUUACUAGCCGAGGUAGAAGUAAGGCAGUCAAUAAAAGCAUUUUUGAUCUUACUGAAUCUCCACCUCCAACAUCCAAAGCUCGAGCACGCGGUAGAGGAACCGCAUCAAACGCUAAAGCAGCUCAGAAGACUCAAGAUUUAAAAGGUCAGAGUUCCAUGCAAAACUUCUUACGGCCACAACAAAGUGAAUCUCGGUCCACAAAAGCAAAAACAUUGUAUAACGUAACCAUAUUUGAUGAUUCCGACUAACUGAUAAGUACUUCUUUACAUUUAAGCACAGAGUUUUAUCCUUAAAGUGCAAAACGCAUUGAUUGCGUACAGCACAAUAUUUUAUGUACUACACAUUUCAUAAUAAUAUAUUAAAACUACUUUGAAA